GAGUCACCCUUUUCCAUGUUCCUUCUCUCUCUACAAUUCGAUCUUCUCCUCAAUCCCCUCUCUGGUCAAUGCAGGUACUCUUUUUUUCCCUCCACAUUCCCAUUAUCUCAUCACUCAAUUUUUCUUCCACUUUCGCUCAGUUUAGCAGGUAAAUCCCAAGUAUAUUACUACUCAUACUUGUUUAUGGUUUGAUGGGCUUGUCCUCGAGAGAUCCCUUACUGAGAGCUAACAUGGCGCAAGGGAUAGUAUAUAUGUCUUGGUUCAGUUAGCAUUAACUUAUUAUGGCUGGAAAUACUAGAUUUGAUUUAAGUGCUACUAGUCCAGAGGAACCAGUUUUCAAGGGGACCUUUCUGAAUGGACAGAGAGGGAUUCUGAUGAAUGGCAGUUUGGACAGGUCUGCAAGCUUUUGUGACGGUAAUGAGGGGCAGGUAUGUUCUACUGUGUCCCGGGGAAAUUAUACUUCUACAGGAGAUCCAGCUCCAGUAGCUCAGUAUUUAAUGUUGGAUCCGAUAACCAUGGGAGAUCAAAAAUAUACUAGGUCUGGUGAGUUAAGGCGAGUCCUAGGGAUAACUUUUGGUAGCACCCGUGAAGAUUGUGCUUUUGGAACUGCUAAUUUGAAGCAUCCCCCUCCUGUGGCUACAGAGGAACUGAAGCGAUUCAAAGCAAGUGUGCAAGAGGCUUCUGCGCGAGCUAGAUAUAGAUCAAAAAGGUUGGAUGAAUCCUUACAUAAAUUGAAGUGUUGGGAGGCUUUAAACAUGAAGAAACAACUUAGGAAUGAGAUAUUGACAAAUGAAAGGCUAGGCGGUGGGCCACAUUUCUUGAAGAUGGGAAGUCAGACUCAUAGGAAUCCAUCAGAGCAUGUGAAUCAAAGACUAGAGGACAGGCCUAAGAAUGUCAUUCUGAAUAAGCGCAUACGUACAUCAGCUACUGAAAUUCGGGCUGAAGGACAAAGUACUAGCUGUAUGAGGCAGCCUUUGGCUGUUGGAAAGGAUAGAGACAAUAUGAAGGAUAGUAGCAGAGGUUGUGACACUGUUGAAGAGAAGAUGCGAAAAUUACCUGCAGGUGGAGAAACAUGGGACAAAAAAAUGAAACGAAAACGUUCCAUGGGCACUUUUUUCUCCAGAUCCAAUGAUGGUGAGGGAGAACUUAAAAGGGUUAUGCAUCUAAAGCUAACUAAUGAGUCUGGUAUGCAGUCUUCUGAUGCCCAAGGUUUGAGGUCAGGAUAUACUGUCGGUAAUAGCAAGCUUGAUGUAGCUUCCCUGUCUACUAUUUCCAUUGCAUGUGCAACUGCCAAGAAUGAGCAAGAAAAGGUCUCAAGGGAUUCAAUAGAUGGAUUAAAUAAUGAACGAGAUGCACAUAAAGGAAGCAAGUUUAAUGUUCGUGAUAAUAAUUACACAGGUGGUACUUAUGCAUUGCCAAAAGGAAAGGCUUCAAGGGCUCCACGAACUGCUCCUUUGAUGGCCGGAAACUCAUCAUCUGUAUCUCAUUCUUCUGAAAUGCUUGAAACCUGGGAACAACCUUCAAGUACGAACAAGCCUCAUUUAGUAACUAUCAAUCGUAAGCGUCCUUUGCCUGCUGGAUCUUCUUCAUCCCCUAUGGCCCAAUGGGUUGGGCAGAGACCUCAAAAGAUUUCUCGUACUCGAAGAGCCAAUGUGGUAUCCCCUGUCUUGAAUUGUGAUGAAGUGCAGGUGUCAUUGGAAGGCUGUUCCCCUGUGGAUGUUGGUACUAGGAUGACUUUUACUACAGUUUCCAAGGAUGCUGUCAACAUCAUUAAAGAAGGUAGAGUGAAACACGAAAAUGUUUCUUCCCCAACUAGAUUAUCUGAAAGUGAAGAAUCAGUUGCUGGGGAAAAUGGUGAAUGUAAACUAAAUGAGAAAGGUUUGGGAAGUAAUGAUGUCGAUGAAAGAGCCAUAAAUAAUUCAUAUAAUUUAAGUUCCCCUGCGUUAGCAACGAAAAAGAAAAAAAUGCCAGGCAAAGAGAUUGGAGAUGGUUUGCGUAGACAGGGCAGGAGUAACAGGGGUGCAUCAGUGUCAAAGAAUGGCAUCUCACCAGUGAAAGAGAAGCUGGAGAUCGCAACCUUGACAAAGCCAAUUAGAAGUAUGAAGCAUUCUUCUGAAAAGAAUGGAAGUAAAUCAGGGCGUCCUCCGUUGAAGAAAUCAUGUGAUAGGAAAACUAUUACUCGCAAUGGGCUUCCAUCAACUAGUGAUUCCCCAGAUAUCGCAGGUGAGUCAGAUGAUGACCGAGAGGAACUUUUAGCUGCUGCAAAUUUCGCAAGUAAUGCCAGCUAUAUUGGUUGUUCUAGUUCGUUUUGGAAGAAGCUUGAACCUUAUUUUGGUCCUGUCAAUUUGGAGGACAUAGCUUACCUGAAGCACCUGGUUAAGUCAACAGAGGAGGAUCACAGAUGUUUGUCUCAAAUGCUCGGCCUUGGAACUGAUGCCCUGGAUGAACGUACACAUACGGAUAACAUUCUCUCACAAGGUUCUCUCUCUGGAGAAAGAGAAAGAAGAGUCUUAAAUCAAACUGAUUCCAUAAAGAUGUCCUUGAUGGCUGACAUGCUUGAUCAGCAUGUUGAUGCUAGUUUUUUAAGCAGACAAACGGUAACAGAAGGAAACAAAGUUCCCCCACUGUACCAGAGGGUACUGGCAGCUCUGAUUAUUGAUGACCAAAUUGAAGAAACUGUUGGAGAUGGGAAUAUGUCUUUCUCUGAAUAUGAAUUCAAUUCUAACAUGGUUUCUUGUAAUGGGAAUGCUAGCUUUACUAAUGGCACAGCCCACGGUCAUGAAGGUGACGUGUUUUUACAACAAAUGCACCAGGGACCAUUGCAUCCAAGGACUGAAAAGCUCGACAUGUUAUCUGAAAAUGGUAUACCAGAUAUGCAUAGGGUUUCUUGUUCAUCAUCUUUCAAUUGUGAUUAUGAGCAAUUGGGUGUGGAGGAUAGAAUCUUACUGGAGCUGCAGAGUGUUGGCCUUUAUCCAGAACCAGUGCCUGGUCUUGCUGAUGGAGAUUGCGAAGCUAUUGAUCAAGAUAUUCUUCAAUUACAGAAGGAACUUCACCAACAGGUCACUGAAAAAGGAAAGGGCUUAAUGAAACUCAUUCCAGCAGUAGAAGAGGGCAGGGAAAUGGAACAACGAGCCCUUGAGCAAGUUGCUAUGGAAAAACUUGUUGAGUUGGCUUAUAAGAAGAAGCUGGCCACCCGUGGAAGUAGUGCCGCAAGAAAUGGCCUUACUAAGGUUGCAAAGCCAGUUGCUUUGGCUUUCAUGAAGAGGACACUAGCUAGAUGCAGGAAAUUUGUGGAAACUGGGAGGAGUUGCUUUCUGGAGCCUGUCUUUAAAGAUGUGCUAUUUGCUUCUCCUGCCCGUAAUGGCAAUGCUGGACCGGUCCUUGCUGUAAAUCUACCACAAACUCUAAACUCUCAGCAAGAUCAUGCCUUUUCAGGUUUGUUUCCUUGCAAGGAGCAGGAGGUGUUGGGAAAUCUAGACAAUCCCUCUGACCAGGAUUUUGCGAGAACUGGACCAAUACUAAACAGAGGGAAGAAAAAGGAAGUGCUACUUGAUGAUGUUAGUGGCUGUGCUGCUUUGAGAUCUGAGUCAACUCUUGGCAAUUCUUUCAUGGGUGGAGCAAAGGGAAAAAGGAGCGGAAGAGAGAGAGACAAAGGCACUUCUGCAAGAAACUCUGCCUCAAAAGGCGGCCGGGGUGAGCGUAAAACCAAAGCAAAGCCCAAACAGAAGUCAGCUCAACUAUCCACUUCUGGAAUUGGAUCUCAUAGCCAGUUGAUGGAAAAUAACAACACUGAGCAUAAAUUGGCUUCUGGCUCUAAUGAACCAACUUCCAGUGGUAGCAACAAGAAAAGCAAAGUGGGUUCUGCAUCUCAUGUGUCCAUUGACCCUGAGGAGCCUAUGGAUUUUGCAAACUUGCAUGAAUUAGACCCCAUGGAACUAGGUGUAGAUAGUGAACUUAAUGGGCAUCAAGACCUGGACUCGUGGUUGAACAUUGAUGAGGAUGGUUUACAAGAUGAUGCAGUGGGCUUGGAUAUACCAAUGGAUGAUUUGUCUGAUUUGAAUAUGCUUCUAUGACAAGAUAUUCUCUUGCACCAGUUGGCGCUUACAAAGGGUGUUUUUUUGGGUGAUAAGCUGCAUAUACAAUUCACAUGAAUCAAGCAUCUCAUGAUUCACUUUGCCCAUUCUUUUUGUAUACUUAUGAUUAUCAAUACAAUACCAAAGAUAGAAACCCAUAAAAAGGGUUAAAGGAAAAAAGGAAAUCGUAGUCCCCAAUUGUUUAUAUGAUUUAGAGCAUUUCAUAGGUUGUAAUUAGUACUCAUUCUUAACGAAAUUUUGAUCGUCUUCAUUGUUCCGUAUUUUUUCUCAUGGUCUUGAAAAUGUUCUCAUUAAGACCUUAAUUUCUGUAGCUUGAGUUCCUUGAAA